AUGCCGCGUCACAGGCGCAGACGGUCGCGCGCUGGGAGCGAACCACCCCAGUCCAAGUCUGUUGCCUUUGACGUUGAUCCGGCAGUUGAUCGAGAAAAGAAUGGAUACGAGACGGACGACAGCGACACUACUAUUGAUGCAAUGGACUCAGGUCGCCGCCGUCGCCGUCGACGUCGUCGCCGCUCUGACCGACGCCACCGUUCCUCCUCUGACCCCUAUCGAUCAAAGCGAAGUAUUGCAAAAAAGGAGGGCAGCACAGGCCGGGAAAACGGACUUGAAUCGGACUCUGACGCGACGAUUGACCUUCCCGAUCGAUUCGACCGCGAGGGUCGGCUACUCCCUCAACCGGGCGACGACCCUCUGGCCGAUCGAUUCGAGCAUUUGAUGAAGCGCGUAAACCGGAUUUUCGUUUAA